AUGGAGAUGCCGGGAGGGAGCGGGGCCCCGUCGCUGGCGCGGCAGGGCUCGGUCUACUCGCUCACGUUCGACGAGUUCCAGAGCACGCUCGGCGGCGCCAGCAAGGACUUCGGCUCCAUGAACAUGGACGAGCUGCUGCGCAACAUCUGGACGGCCGAGGAGUCCAACGCCAUGGCCGCGGCCGCCCCGACCACGGCGGCCGCAUCCGUGGACGCGCACGCACGCGCGCAGCAGCAGCCCGUGGCGCCCAUCCUGCACCAGGGCUCCUUCACGCUGUCCCGCACGCUCAGCCAGAAGACGGUCGACGAGGUCUGGCGCGAGAUCGUGGGCUUCACCGGCGCGGAGGACGCGCAGCCGGUCGCGGCUCCCGCUCCCGCUCCCGCGCCUGCGCCCACGCCCGCGCCGCUGCCGGCGCAGGCGCAGGCGCAGCGGCAGCAGACGCUGGGGUCCAUGACUCUGGAGGAGUUCCUGGUACGCGCCGGCGUGGUUCGGGAGGACAUGGGGCACCAGACCCUCGUGCUGCAGCCGCACGCGCAGGGGCUUUUCUCCCAGGGCAAUGCGGUCGCGCCGCAGACCAUGCAGCUGGGGAACGGGAUGGUGGCCGGGGUCGUCGGGCAGGGGGCUCGGAGGAGGGAUGACGGUGGCGGCGCCCACGACGCCGGUCGUGCUCAACGGGAUGGGGAAGGUGGAGGCGGGGAUCUGUCGUCGCUGUCGCCGGUGCCGUAUCCCUUCGACACUGCGUUGAGGGUGAGGAAGGGGCCGACCGUUGAGAAGGUGGUGGAGAGGAGGCAGCGCCGCAUGAUCAAGAACAGGGAGUCGGCCGCCAGGUCGCGUGCGAGGAAGCAGGCAUACAUAAUGGAGCUGGAAGCUGAGGUGGCAAAACUCAAGGAUCAGAAUGAUGAGUUGCAGAAAAAGCAGGUUGAAAUGCUAAAGAAGCAAAAGGAUGAGAAAUACGCCUAG